AUGGAUCACAGAGUUGUGGCACUGCUGAUUUUGAUGAUGUCUCCAGUUUUUAGUAGACCCAACGAGUGGACUUGGCCUAGGUGCCCAUGUCCAAAACUCCUACUCCCAGUUUGUUCCUCAAACUAUAUCACCUUUUUAAGUCCUUGCGAAUUCAAAUGCUAUGCCGAUGCUUUUUAUUCAAUGUAUAAAACAAAAUUAUAUAUCCUAAAAGAAAGAAGAUGCGAAGAAGAAGAAGCAUAA